AUGCCACCCCCCGCCAAAAAGCGCAAAACGACCACCUCCACCACCGAAGAAGUAACCUUCGACCCCGACGCGCGCGCCGACUACCUGACCGGCUUCCACAAGCGCAAGCAGGCGCGCAUCAAGCACGCGCAGGAGUUUGCCGCCAAGAAGGCGCGCGAGGAGCGGAUACGGGAGAGGGCUGAGUUACGACAGCAGCGGAAAGAGGAGCUCGAGAAACAUGUCGAGAGCGUCAAUGCGAUGCUGAGGCAGGCGGCUGGGGAAGAUGGGGAAGCGGGUGAUGCGUCUGAGGGGGAGGGCACGGAGGAAGAGUGGGGUGGCAUAGAGCAGCCCGCGGAGGCGGAAGUGAAUCGCGAGGACGAGUACGUCGACGAGGACAAGUACACGACCGUCACGGUGGAGGCUGUGGAUAUCGACAGGGAGGGUAUACAUACUGGCGAGACCGCGGAGGAGAAGGCUGAGGAUGCAGGCGAUGGUGAGAAAGACAAAGCCGCGACGGACGCCCCGAGCGAAGCCAAGAAGCGGAUAUGGACAAAGGAGAAGCCGAAAACCGGUAAGCCGAAGAAGAAAAAGCAGAAGUUCAGGUACGAGAGUAAGGCGGAGCGGAAGUUCACGAGGUCGAAGCAGCAGCUGAAGAACAGGGAGCAAGCGAAGGCGCGGCGUGGUUGA